CCCAUUGGAUGCCUUCAGCUGCACCUGUUAGACCCGCGAGCCAAUCACGCGCCGUGACCGUUGCUCUCCAAGAUGGCGGCUUCCUGAGCGCCGCUUCACUCAUCUCCGCGGCAGAAAGUGACAUGUACGUUUGUCUCCGAACCCUCUUUUUUUUUUUUUCUUUAGAAAAUUGAUUGAUGCGGGGCCCGAGCCAUUAAAACACGGAAGCGUUUUUCCUUUUUUGUUUUAACCGCCAGCCGCCCCGCUCCUCACCUCCCCUGUCUUUUGUGGUUUCAUGGUCCGAGGAGACCCCCCUCCUCCUCCGGGCGGGUGUCGGUCCGUUUCUACCCGAGCAUGGCCACCGACAACAGGAUCAAUUUCUGGAGGAGAAACGCUAAGGUUCCCGGAAGCGUGCAGCCAGUUUAUGGAGCUCAGCAUCCACCUCUCGAUCCCUGUUUGCGGCGGACGUAUCCGAAAGACACAAAACCCAAGUUCAACAGCGUUAAAUCUAAAAAGCCCUGCAGCUUCCACGAGUUCGCCAGCAGCACCGACGACGCGUGGGACAUCGACGAGGACGAGGACGAAGAGUUCCGCAGGACUCCCCUCCCAGCUUCUUUGGCGCCGUCGGGCCAGGACUCUGCGCAGAACCAGCGUCUGCGGCGUCAGACGGAGGAAACAGGAAGUGAAGCGCCACGCGCUCUGAGACCACCCAAAACGGAGGCUCAGAACCUCCAGGAAGCCGACGACGCAGAGCGUGAGCGGGUCAACGGCAAAGUGUUGAAGUCUAGCAGCGAGGCCGACCUGAAGACGUCCUCAGUCUGCUCGCCGCUGCAGAAGCAGCAGAGUCUCCCGGUUCGACCCGUCAUCCCGCUGGUGGCCCGGAUCUCGGACCAGAAUGCCUCGGGGGCUCCCCCCAUGGCGGUGCGGGAGAAAAGCCGCCUGGAUAAAUUCAAGCAGCUGCUGGCCAGCCCCAACACUGACCUGGAAGAACUCCGGAAGCACAGCUGGUCAGGAGUACCGAGAGAAGUGCGGCCCGUCACCUGGAGGCUGCUCUCUGGCUACCUGCCGGCCAACAUGGAGCGCAGAGAGCUGGUUCUGAGCAGAAAGCGGGAGGAGUAUUUUGGGUUUAUAGAGCAGUAUUACCACUCCAUCACUGACGAGCAACACAAAGACACGUACAGACAGAUCCACAUCGACAUUCCCAGAACCAACCCUCUCAUCCCGCUGUUCCAACAGCCGACGGUCCAAGAGGUGUUUGAGCGGAUUCUGUUCAUCUGGGCCAUCCGUCACCCGGCCAGCGGUUACGUCCAGGGAAUCAACGACCUGGUCACGCCUUUUUUUGUCGUCUUCUUGUCAGAGUUCGUCAAGGAGGACGUGGAGAACUUCGAGGUGGCGGCGCUGCCCCUGGAGACCCAGAGGAACAUCGAAGCCGACAGCUUCUGGUGCAUGAGCAAGCUGCUCGACGGCAUCCAGGACAACUACACCUUCGCCCAGCCCGGGAUCCAGAACAAAGUGAAAGCUUUAGAGGAGCUGGUGGGUCGGAUAGACGUGGACAUUCACAGUCAUUUUAAGAAGUACGAGGUGGAGUACCUGCAGUUCGCCUUCAGGUGGAUGAACAACCUGCUGAUGAGGGAGCUGCCUCUUCGAUGCACCAUCCGCCUCUGGGACACCUACCAGGCUGAAACUGACGGUUUCUCUCACUUCCACCUGUACGUGUGUGCAGCGUUCCUCAUCGAGUGGCGCAAAGAAAUCCUGUCCAUGGUUGACUUUCAGAGCCUCCUCAUCCUCCUGCAGAACCUUCCCACCAUCCACUGGGGAAACGAGGAGGUGGGCCUCCUCCUGGCCGAAGCUUACAGACUCAAGUACAUGUUCGCCGACGCCCCCAGCCACUACAAGAGGUAGGCCUGAGGGGACCGGACCGGACCGGACCUGCUGGGUCUGAGUGUCCAGGAUGAGCUGGCCUCUCGUCAUGAAGACCCGGGACUUCCAGCUGGAUUUGUUUCCUGGUGCGUAAAGAGCUCAGAGUUCAGGACUGUUACAGUGAAUUUAAUGGUUUUAACUGAAACCUUCACACAAAACAACACAUUUUAAAGGAUGAAGAAUGUCUGAGAUUCUAUGUUUAUGGAAUUUAUUUCUUUGUUUUAUGUGUUUGAAACACUCGUCUCAAACCAGGUGGCUGUUUCAUCUGGGUUUUAGUGAAUGUAGAGUCUGAUCCUUCCAGCGUCCUCUGGGAGGACUCCCAGGUGUUCCCAGACCAGCUGGGAGACCUGCACUGUGCACCUGUCCUCUGUACUGGACAGAUGGACUUCCUGUAUCAGAGCUCGUAUUUAUCAAAAGUUAUUAAAACUCUUCAGUCAGAAUGAGUCUUACUCUCCUGGAGGUUAAGACUGCUGCAGAGGACUCCAGUGUUCAGAGAUGCCACCAGGGGUCUGAGAUGGACUGAAGAGACAGAAGACGGAGAGCACAGCUGUGUCCUCUUCAACAACACUCUGCACCUCCUCAGGAACUGCUCUAAGUGGUCCGGGGGUCCCACACCUGAGUCUGAUUCUCAGUUCCAGGAAAACAGGUUUAGUUGUCAACACAAAAGAAAGAAGUGGAGAGAAAAACGAUCAGUAGUGACUUAAUGUUGGACUAAAAGGUGGAUAUUUCUGUGGCUUUUGGAGAGAAUAUUAAACUCUCAGCUGGUGAGUGAAAG